GGCACCUCGCAGGGGUCCUGGCUCGGCGCAGGGGCCCUUUGCCGUACAGCAUGGCGACGCUGUGGCGGAGGCGGGAGCGUCUCCUGGGAGUGUCAGGACGGCUCUGCCGUACAGUGCGAGCCCUCUCAGGAAAGAAUGAGUAUGACCUUCUGGUAAUUGGUGGAGGGUCUGGAGGCCUUGCUUGUGCAAAAGAAGCUGCUCAAUUUGGAAGGAAAGUGGCUGUUUUGGAUUAUGUGGAACCUUCUCCACAAGGAACCAAAUGGGGACUUGGUGGAACUUGUGUGAAUGUUGGCUGUAUUCCUAAAAAGCUUAUGCAUCAAGCAGCCCUUUUAGGGAGUGCCCUUAAAGAUGCCCAACACUAUGGCUGGAAUAUAGCCCAACCUGUUCAUCAUACCUGGUCUGUGAUGGCACAAGCUGUUCAGAAUUAUGUGAAAUCCUUGAACUGGGGACACAGAGUGCAACUACAAGACAAGAAGGUGAAAUAUUUCAACAUGAAAGGAAGUUUUUCUGAUCUGCAUACAAUCCGUGGUUUAACAAAAGCAGGUAAAGAGACUAUUAUUACUGCAGAAAAUAUUGUCAUUGCUACUGGAGGAAGACCAAAGUAUCCUACACACAUCGCAGGUGCACGAGAGUAUGGAAUCACAAGUGAUGAUCUGUUCUGGUUAAAAGAAUCUCCUGGAAAAACGUUGGUUGUAGGAGCCAGCUAUGUUUCACUUGAGUGUGCUGGAUUUUUAACGGGCAUUGGAUUGGACAGUACAGUCAUGAUGCGAAGUAUCCCACUUCGUGGAUUUGAUCAGCAAAUGGCAUCUUUAGUAACUGAGCACAUGGAAUGUUACGGCACAAAAUUUUUAAAGAGAUGUUUCCCAACCAAAGUUGAAAAAUUGGAGAGCAACAGGUUGCAGGUGACCUGGAAAAAUACUGACCUGGGCACAGAAGAAACCGAUUGCUUUGACACAGUGAUGUGGGCAGUAGGCCGAGCCCCUGACGUUAAAACUCUCAACUUGGAUGCAGUUGGAGUGAAAACUAAUUCUGAAACUGGAAAGAUCAUUGUUGAUGCCAAUGAAGCUACUUCUGUUCCUCACAUUUAUGCAAUUGGAGAUAUAACAGAGGGCCGUCCCGAGUUAACACCCACAGCAAUAGCUGCAGGAAAACUGCUGGCUCGGCGUCUUUUUGGCCAGUCCUCAGAAUUGAUGGACUAUGACAAUGUACCUACCACAGUUUUCACUCCCUUGGAAUAUGGUUGUGUUGGAUUAUCAGAAGAAGCAGCUAUGCAGUCUUACGGAUCAGAUAAUAUUGAGGUAUACCAUGCGUAUUAUAAACCUUUAGAGUUUACAGUGGCUGAAAGAGAUGCGACUCAAUGCUAUAUAAAAAUGGUGUGCUUACGAGAGAGAGAGCAACGAAUACUUGGCCUUCAUUUCAUUGGUCCAAAUGCAGGCGAAGUUAUUCAAGGAUUUGCUCUUGGAAUCAAAUGUGGUGCUACAUAUCCUCAGCUAAUGAAGACAGUUGGCAUUCACCCUACCUGUGCUGAAGAAAUUACCAAGUUGCACAUUACAAAGCGUUCUGGCUUGGAUGCAACGGUUACAGGCUGCUGAGGUUAAAAAUGCCAUCUCUGGAAAGAAGGAAAAAAAGCACAAAAUAUAUUUGUAAAGAAAAGGGGCACUUAGACUUAUGAACAGUUUUAA